AAAGGGAAAGCAAACACCGCCGCCACCGCCUCCUGCCCUCAGGCCGCCCGCCUCAAAGAUGGCGGCGGAGGCGCGGCCCCGCGCGGGGGCUGACGGGAGGCGGUUCGAACGGCGCCGGCGGGCGAUGGCGGCCAUGGCGGACGAGCCGGCCGAGGAAGGCGGGACGCGGACCCUGCGGCUUUCCCAGGUUCUGCCCUUCGGACGGGGCCACGGCCGCCUCGGGAUCAGCCCCAGCGGCCGCUACGUCCUGCCGGUGCCGAGCUCGCAGGAAAUCGUCGAUCCGCAGAAAACAGCGUUUCUGCUGCGCAAAGCCUGGACGCUGUACAGCGUGACCCCCCUGUACCGUUUCCACCGCGCCCGCCUCAGGGAYUACGCGCGGCUGCUGAGCGCCUUCAUCGCCGCCGAGAAGCAGAAGGGGCUGGCGGUGGAGGUGGGUGUCGAGCUGGACAUCAGGGUGACCGUGUCCAGCAUCGCCGAGCUCCGGGGCAGCGAGCAGGACCAGCCUGCCGUCCUCGUGCAGCUCUCUUCGAGGUCACGAGCUUCCUCCAGGAGCUCUGAAGACAAACUGGUGUGGUCGGGCUGUUUCUGCUCUGUUUUUGGAGAUGACCUUUCCGAGAAUGUUCUGGAGGGCUUCACCUGUCUGCCCCUGUUCCUGACCCACGGGGCCGAGAGCUACACGUCCAUGGUUGGAAGGUGGUUCCAGAAGACUUUUGACUGCUGUUUCCGCCGCCUGGCCAUCAGCCCCCUGAACCUCAGCUGGMUGGUGGCCAUGUGGGCUGGCAGCAAGCUGGACAGAGCUGCCUCUGCUGUGGAACUCAUCUUCUCCGUGCCCCGCCUGCUCCAGCCCCUGGAUAUUUCAUAUGCCAUCCACCCAGAGGAUGCCAAAGAGCUGUGGGACACGGUCCAAAAAACACCGGGAGAGAUCACUCAGGAGGAGGUGGAUGUGUUCAUGGACUGCCUUUAYUCGCACUUCCACAGGCACUUCAAGAUCCACCUGUCAGCUGCAAAGCUAGUCAAGGUUUCGACAGCAGUUGCCUCGGCACACUGUGAUGGGAUUGUGAAGCUUCUACACAGCCAAUACCUUCUUGGAGUGCUGAUGAUACUGACUGAACUUGCAGUCUCUCAGAUACAGUGAGAGCUAUUUCAGUAACUCUUCAUGCUAAAAAGGCUUCCCGUUGAACCAAGUGUGCUGAGAAAUCACCAUGAAAUUCACUCCUGCAGGAUCUUUCCUCUCUUCGGGCUGUUUGGAGCUGGGGUGUAACUCCAGCACUUGGGCUGUGUAACAGCRAAGCCAAGCACACUGCCCUGAAGACAGGGCUGCAAUGCAAACUUGUGACAGYUCUAUGACCAGUUUGUUUUCUCAGUCACUUCAUUUAUGUGCAGGUUAUCAGCUCAGAGACAAUGAAAACUCUUGAUCAACUUUCUGACAGGUAUUUCUGUUGUUUCAAAGAGCAAGUUGGUUUCCACUGGACAGCCUAAGCUAUACAGACCUUGGCCUUGGCUGAACUGUGACUACUCUUGGGUUACUUUAAAUGCAGAGUUCAGCACACCUGAGAAAGGGUACAUACUCUGCAAUCCAGGGCAGAAAAAUCCAGGUUGCUAAUUCCCUUCUUAGCUUGCUAAGGGUACUUGGUAAUAAUGUUCAUUUGUGUUCCAGUUGGGCAUGAGAKUGGAAACAAGGCACUUGUCAGCCUGUUGGUCUUCUCAGGCAAGUUGAUAGAUAGUUAAGUGGAUAUGCUUGACAGUUAYUAGGCUUUGUCCUGAUGUUUGUAAUCUUGGAUGUAAUCCUGUGGGCCAGAGAGCUCUCAGGGUUGGAGCUGUGUGCUAUAAUUUUAUGUUGGAUUCCUUCCUUCUGGAGCAGGUAAGAGUUCAGAGGGAUGGUGUACAGCACUUGGCUAGACAUUUAAGUAGCAGAAAGUUGCACCUGCUAAGACUUCUUGUAAUACAGUACUAAAUAAAGAAAGUAUUUUCCAUCUUUUGUCUUAAGGACAGACCAUCUAUGUCUAAUUAAAUACAUUCUUGCACGAAGCUUAUCUCCAACUAUAGCUUACCUGACCAAACCACCACUUGUUAUCUAUUAAAUAAUUCUGUGAGCAGCAAAAUUUCAAGUUUUAUUUUCUUGCUUCACAAUUCUGCAGCAUCUCUUGGAGCUGAUUUGUGCUGUGGCCUUCUCCUAAAUAGGAAUGCAUGUUUCCUUUCUUUUCCCAGUGUAAAGCUGCCUAACAUGACAUAACUGCAUGCCUACUUCCUAACCUUUUUCCAAAAUUAGACAAAGAAACAUGCACUUGGUUUCAGAUUGUUUACURUUUGAAAGUGGAUUAUUUUUGCAUGUUAAGGUUGCAUUCUGUGGUGACUCUUACCCCGGUAGAGGCAGCUAAGUGAUCUUCUGAAGGUCUUGGCAGCACUGCAACUACUUAAACUAUCACUUCUGGUGCUUUAGUUUCCUUUUUUGAAAUAUCUCAGACAAAGUGUGCUGUCUGGAGUCAGAAGAGCGCAGCACUGAGUACAACGUCUGGAAAUAACUGGCACCUGUAUUUGAUUUGAAAACAGGACUGUUACACCCAGGGUUUGGUUUUAAAUCUAAUGCUCAGCUCUUUCCAAUGAAUUUGUAUAAAUAAUUUCUAAAAAACUCAGUUUUAACCUCUCCUUGUGUUGUCCUCAUUGAUAAAUGCAGUUACGUGAGCAUAGGUAAGAUCUGGYCAGAUAGCACAGAUGCUUCCUUCCAGAAAAAGCUGGUUCUGAGUGAUGUGAAGGGUAAAAAUAAACAACAAAGUUUUAAGUCUUUUACCUGGACUUAUCGGAAGAAAACCUCCAGCAUCUUUGUCCACAUAAACCAUAGAAAAACAUGCCCCCCACUGCUUUCACCCCAAGAAAGAAACCAAGAACAGCAUAGAAGAAAUUUAUUAAGAUAGCACUAUUUAUACAAGUUACUCAUGCUAGAAAAAAGCAUAAAUGAUACAUGUAAACAUUUGUUUACAGAAUACUUGUUUUCCUUGUAAAGGUGCAAAAUGAUCUUCAUGUAAACACAAGAAUACCAACCUUUAGGGGGAAAGGGGCUAUUAAAAAAGUUUUAAUGUCCCAUUUAUGACGGUAGUGUAUUUUUUACUAUAUUUAAGCACAUUAAAGUCUGAAUUACAUGAAUCAAACUAUGAAGUUAAAGAACUCAAGAUGUCAGCACUGCCUUUUUCAUUUCAGGAAUUUACAGUCCUCUUUUUUAAAAUCAGAUUUAGUAAGGUCCACAGUUUGAUCAGGUGCAAAAGGUCCAUACUCARUAGAAAUUACAGUACAAACAGAAUUGUUGAGUCUUGAGUUCUCUCCUCUUCUCCCCCCACUUCUGGGUGCCUCCACAAUUSCAGUGCCAGCAAACAGCCCUUCCUAUUCAAACUCUUUAAUGAACCUCACACCUUUCCCUGCUCUAAACAUACACAGGCAAAGUGCACAAAAAUCACGCAAAGAGAGGCCACACUCAUCAUGGUCAGGAAUUCUACAGACACAAGAGGCAGCUGAAGUGAGGCUGAUCUAAGCAUUUUUCAGCAGGAAGGAGCUGGCUGCGGGUCUGCCCUUCCAGCCAAAACACAAGAAGUGGAUGUCAGAAUUAACAGAUGAUACCUGCACCCUGCUUCAGGCAAGAAUUGAUAUCAAGCAGGCAACAGGAGGAAAAAGGCUUUUAGAAGUGAGCAACAACCAGUUGUUUUUAGGUUCUGUAGUGAUUACAGGAGGAGUAUCAGUUUGGAUGGAGCCAAACUAUGUAUUCCAUAYCCAUCUGCAUUAUUCCUGAUGA